GGCACAGUGCUCAGUUAUUUACAGGCAUUAUUCUCUCAUUUAUUGCUCCGCAUUAUCACAUGACACCGGUAUUCUUAUUAUCCCCGUUUACAGCUAAGAAAAAUAGGUUCAGAGAGGGUGAGUGACUUGCCUAAGACCACACAGCCAGCAGGUGGCUGAGGCAGGAUUCAUACAGCUAGCAAAGAGGCAGAUCUGGAGCUCAGACUCAGUGCUUCUGAACCCAGGCCAAGGCUCCUUCUCUCAUACCCUAGGGCCUCGAUCCCUGCCAACCUGGCUGAAACAAUCAAUGAGAGUCGGGUAGGUCAGAACCUCUCUUCAUCGAACUCUUAGGUAGCCACAACCGCCAGGAGAAAAUGUUUCCUUCCCCUACCCUUCUCAGAGAGAUCUGGAUCCACUGGAGGUGGCGGGUGAGAGGACAGGUCGGUGGGGCUGCGCCGGGCGCCAGGCGACGCCACAACGCCUGCGGAAGAGGCUCCAGCUCUCGGUUCCAGUAGCCGAGUCGGGUGGGUGGAGCCGGAGUGCCAGGGUCCCGCCCACUCCUCUCACCCUCCCUCCCUCGCCUCCAGGUCACCGGCCGGCGAACCCACCAGCAGGCACUACCCGGCUGGGCGACGCCGUGCCUGCUCCCGGCAAAGCUCCGCGGGGAAGUUGCUCCGCGCACGGGCGAGGCCUUGCGACCUUCCCCUCGGCGCGGGGCUGGCGCAGAGCUGGCGCAUCCGCGGGGCUCCGACGGCCAGCUGCCCCGCGCCCAGCGUCCGGGGCAGGGGAGGAGGCGACAUGGCAGCGCGUGUCGGCCUCCUGCUGCGCACCCUGCCGCUGCUGCUGUGGGGCGGCCUGGACGCCCAGCUCGCCCAACGCGUUGGACAGGAGCUGCGCAGGGAGGCGGAGGCAUUUCUGGAGAAGUAUGGAUAUCUCAAUGAACAGGUCCCCCAAAGUCCCACCUCCUCCUUGCGAUUCAGCAAGGCCAUCAGGGAGUUCCAGUGGGUGUCUCAGCUGCCCAUCAGCGGCGUGCUGGACCCGGCCACCCUGCGCCAGAUGAUGCGGCCUCGCUGCGGGGUGGCAGAUACCAACAGCCAGGCACCUGGGACCGAGAGAGUCAGUGCCCUAUUUGCUGGACACCAGGCCAAAAUGAGGCGUAAGAAACGCUUUGCGAGGCAAGGCACCAAGUGGUACAAGCAGCAUCUCUCCUACCGCUUGGUGAACUGGCCUCAGCACCUGCCCGAGCCAGCAGUUCGGGGCGCUGUGCGUGCUGCCUUCCAGCUGUGGAGCAACGUCUCAGCGCUGGAGUUCUGGGAGGCCCCAGCCACAGGCCCUGCUGACAUCCGCCUCACCUUCUUCCAAGGGGACCACAACGACGGGCUGAGCAACGCCUUUGACGGCCCAGGGGGCGCUCUGGCGCACGCCUUCCUGCCCCGACGAGGCGAAGCGCACUUCGACCGCGACGAGCGCUGGUCCCUAAGCCGCCGCCGAGGGCGCAACCUGUUUGUGGUGCUGGCACACGAGAUCGGCCACACGCUCGGCCUGACCCACUCGGCCGCGCCACGCGCGCUCAUGGCGCCCUACUACAAGAGGCUGGGCCGCGACGCACUGCUCAGCUGGGACGACGUGCUGGCGGUGCAGAACCUGUACGGGAAGCCCCAGGGGGGCUCAGUGGCCACCCAGCUCCCCGGAAAGCUGUUUACUGACUUUGAGGCCUGGGACCCCCACAGACUCCAGGAAAGACUUCCUGAAACCCCGGGUCCUAAAUAUUGCCACUCUUCCUUCGACGCCGUCACUGUAGGCAACAGCGACUGUACGUUUUUCAAGGGAACCAGUUCUGGGAGGUGGCCGCGGACGGCAACGUCUCAGAGCCCCGCCCACUACAGGAAAGGUGGGCGGGGCUUCCGCCCCACAUUGAGGCUGCAGCCGUGUCCCUGGAGGAGGGAGACUUCUACUUCUUCAAAGGGAGUCGCUGCUGGAGGUUCCGGGGCCCCAAGCCAGUGUGGGGCUCCCCGAAGCUGUGCCGGGCAGGGGGCCUGCCCCGCCACCCGGACGCAGCCCUCUUCUUCCCUCCUCUGAACCGCCUCAUCCUCUUCAAAGGCGCCCGCUACUACGUUCUGGCCCGAGGCGGACUGCAGGUGGAGCCCUACUACCCCAGAGGCCUGAAGGACUGGGGGGGUGUCCCUGAGGAGGUCAUGGGCGCUUUGCCCAGGCCCGACGGCUCCAUCAUCUUCUUCAGAGACGACCGCUACUGGCGCCUUGACCAGAACAAACUUCAGGCAACUGCCUCGGGCCGCUGGGCCACAGAGCUGCCCUGGAUGGGCUGCUGGCACGCCAACUCUGGGGGCGCCCUGUUCUGAAGAUGCCCCCCCACCUCAAAGUGAAUGGCUGGUGCCUUCACCAUCAACUUGUGUCCCCUGCCCCAAGGGUGGACUCUGGAAGCCUCUGAGCCUCCCUGCAGAAGCCCAGGCAGGAAAGUUUCUCUGCAUUUGUUCCCUGGAGAAUGCCUUGAUCAAAGACUGAUCUUUGUGGGGACAAUCCAAUGAGAAGCCAAAAAGGGUCCCAGAACCCAUGGCCCUUUCCCCAAGGACUGUUUCCAACCCCAUGCCUUGGGGAUUUUGUUUCUUCACCUAAAGAUGCAAUUUCUGUCCCUGAGGCCAGAGCACAGGGCAACCAGAAAGGAUGCAAAACUCAACGGAGAGGCUGGUGUCACUUUGCAGAACUGUCCCUUCCCCUCGGACCUCCUGGUUCAGUCCUUGGAGAAUUGUCUCUUUUUUUAGGGCCGCACUCUCGGCAUAUGGAGGUUCCCAGGUUAGGGGUCGAAUCAGAGCUACAGCUGCUGGCCUACACCACAGCCACAGCAACGCGGGAUCAGACCCACAUCUGGAACCUACACCACAACUCACGGCCACGCCCGAAUCCUUAACCUGCUGAGUGAGGCCAGGGAUCGAACCCACAACCUCAUGUUAGUUGGGUUCCUUAACCACUGAGCCAUGAUGGGAACUUCAGAAUUGUCUUAUUUAAUCAGAGGCCCUAUCCCCCAGGAAGCUUGGAUGUGUUGGGUACAAGGCUCUCCAAUUUCAGGGGGUCAGGACCAGAACAACAAGGAAACUGAUGCAG